AUGUCACACAUAGAUGAAGAACUCAUGAGAAUAUUCGAUUAUAAAGUUAAUGAACUUGAAGAAAGUAAGAUAAAAGACAUAUUCUUAUUGAUGAAAAGAAUGCUUAUUAAUUUAGAUAUGGAUCAAAUUGAAUUUAAAAAAGAGUUACAUAAAGAAUUUAAUGUACCAUUAAAUCGUAUUGUUGAUUUAGAUGAGUGUGACGAUAAAAAAGAACAACAAAAUGAUAUUGAUUAUUCAAAAGACAAUGACACAAGUUUAGAUCAUUUUGUAGAUCAACUUGGUUAUCAACAAAAUGAAAAUCAAAUAACUGAUAAUCAACAAUGUCAAGAAGCUUUAGAAGAAGUACAAAAAGAAGAAAAAAUCGUGUUUGAGAAACUACUUGCUUUUCAACAAGAAAUGUUAAAGAAAGACAGAAAUAAAGAAGGGUUCGAUAUUAAUGGAAUGAUAGAAAGUGAAAUGAAUCAAUUUGAUAGUUUUAUAGAAUCACCUAAUGAAGAUGAUUUAAUAGGAAACAAUUUGUUAGAUGUUUUCCUUCAACAAUUUGAUGCUGUUCAAAUAACUAAAGAUAAUAGUAAAAUUAAACAACAACCAUUUAUUCCACAAUUAUCUUCAAGUGAUGAUUCAUCUGAUUUUAUUGAAACUAAUUCUAAUGAAGAAUCAUUAACAAAAGAAGUUCCUAUUGAAGCAUCAAAAUUUUCAAUAACAAAAGAAAGAGAUACUUCUGAAUUAAUUAAAAGUUCUUUUCAAUGUCAGCAACUAAAUUAUCUAUCUUUAAAAAGUAUUAGUAAAAGUUUAAUGGAAAUUAAACGUUACAAUGAAAAUAGUUGGGCACCUAUUCUAUAUAUUAUUGAUGAUGCUUUUGAAUAA